UCCGCCGAUCUCUACAUUGGGAAAAAAAACAUGGAGUCAGCUCCGGCAGCCCCCGACCCCGCCGCCAGCGAGCCGGGCAGCAGCGGCUCGGAGGCGGCCCCCAGUUCCAGAGAGACCCCGCUGACCCAGGACGCGGGCCGCAAGAGCGAGGCGCCGGGCGCGGGUCGCAGACAGAGCUACGCGAGCUCCAGCCGAGGGAUCUCAGUAACGAAGAAGACACACACAUCUCAAAUUGAAAUUAUUCCAUGCAAGAUCUGUGGAGACAAAUCGUCAGGAAUCCAUUAUGGUGUCAUUACGUGUGAAGGCUGCAAGGGCUUUUUCAGGAGAAGUCAGCAGAGCAAUGCCACCUACUCCUGCCCUCGUCAGAAGAACUGUUUGAUCGAUCGAACCAGCAGAAACCGCUGCCAGCACUGUCGACUGCAGAAAUGCCUUGCUGUGGGGAUGUCGCGAGAUGCUGUCAAGUUUGGCCGAAUGUCCAAGAAGCAGAGAGACAGCUUAUAUGCCGAGGUGCAAAAGCACCGGAUGCAGCAGCAACAGCGAGACCACCAGCAGCAGCCUGGGGAAGCUGAGCCUCUGACACCCACCUACAACAUCUCGGCCAAUGGGCUGACGGAACUGCACGAUGACCUCAGCACCUACAUGGACGGGCACACCCCGGAGGGCAGCAAGGCCGACUCUGCCGUCAGCAGCUUCUACCUGGAUAUCCAGCCCUCCCCGGACCAGUCGGGACUGGACAUCAAUGGGAUCAAACCGGAACCCAUAUGUGACUACACACCAGCAUCUGGCUUCUUCCCCUACUGCUCCUUUACCAACGGAGAGACUUCCCCAACCGUAUCCAUGGCAGAACUAGAACACCUUGCGCAGAACAUAUCCAAAUCACACCUGGAAACCUGCCAGUACUUGCGGGAAGAGCUCCAGCAGAUAACAUGGCAGACCUUCCUGCAGGAGGAGGUUGAGAACUAUCAGAACAAGCAGAGAGAGGUGAUGUGGCAGUUAUGUGCCAUCAAGAUUACAGAAGCUAUCCAGUAUGUGGUGGAGUUUGCCAAACGCAUUGAUGGAUUUAUGGAGCUGUGUCAAAAUGAUCAAAUUGUGCUUCUAAAAGCAGGCUCUCUGGAGGUGGUGUUUAUCAGGAUGUGCCGUGCCUUUGACUCUCAGAACAACACCGUGUACUUUGAUGGGAAGUAUGCUGGCCCCGAUGUCUUCAAAUCCUUAGGUUGUGAAGACUUCAUUAGCUUUGUGUUUGAAUUUGGGAAGAGUUUGUGUUCUAUGCACCUGACUGAAGAUGAAAUUGCAUUAUUUUCUGCAUUUGUACUGAUGUCAGCAGAUCGCUCAUGGCUGCAGGAAAAGGUAAAAAUAGAAAAACUGCAACAGAAAAUUCAGCUAGCCCUUCAACAUGUCCUACAGAAGAACCACCGAGAAGAUGGAAUUCUAACGAAGCUAAUAUGCAAGGUGUCUACGUUAAGAGCCUUAUGUGGACGACAUACAGAAAAGCUAAUGGCAUUUAAAGCAAUAUACCCAGACAUUGUGCGACUCCAUUUUCCUCCAUUAUACAAGGAAUUGUUCACUUCAGAAUUUGAGCCAGCAAUGCAAAUCGAUGGGUAAAUGUAGUACCUGCGCACUUCUAGAACAUCUGAAGUACAAACAUGAAAAAAAAAAUUAAAAAGGAACUAAAACAAUGACGACGAAGACAAAAAUUAACUGAGACACUUUCUAUGGCCCUGCACAGCCCUGGAGCGCCAACACACUGCACAGACAUCUUGUGGUGAUCGGGGUUCAGGCACAGAGGGAGAACAAUCAGAUCCAAUAAAAGCUAAACUUGUUUUGCUCAUGCAUAUGAUUUCCACUAUGCCUACAGAUACGGACCCUUUUUCUGUCUCGACUUCCGGAGCAGUUGGCCUCUGCGUCUAACAGGAGGAGGGUACAACAGUCAGAGGAGCCCCUUUUCAUAUAGCUCACUGCCCACAGACUCUUACGGGUAACAACAGAGUGCAGCAGUAAUCGGUGACCCUGGCGUGCCCCGCGGGGUUACGGCGUUACUUUGCACAGCUUGCUUUUCUGUGUCAUGAAGGAAGAUUUGGUUUUUCUCACCGAUUAUUGCCGGUCAGCGGGAUGGCGUGAAAAGGGGACCCAUAGCGCUCGCAACAAUAGCAUUAGACUAUAUUACACAGGGUAAAUGGGCAUGAAGACUAUAUAUAGCUAAAGAGAUAUUGUUUAUAUAUUGUUUUAAUUAAUAUAAAAUGUAGUGACUGGCGUAGCUUUCCCUGUUGAAUUGAUAAGGCACUUUCCGUUUUGCACCUUUUGUUUUCCUUAAAUUAAAUGCUAGCGUGUUCACUGUCGCCCUGUCGCAUGUACACCAGAAACACAAGUUUAGCUGAGAAGGCUUGGAAGGUACGUCGGGAGGUAUUUAUGCUGCUGUUUACAAAAAGGAAAAAAAAAAAGAAAGAAAGAAGAAAAAAACGAUUAUUUUUAAAAAGACUGGCUGGUCAUAUCCAGAAAUCAACAUGUUGAAUUUCUUUUCCCAUCCUGAAAUUUGAAAUUAACGGACCGCUCCCUAAAUCAUACUUUGUUUUGCAUGCAAUUAAGAAUGGGUUUGUUUAUGCUUCAUACAGAGUCCAAGGAGUGUCUGGUGCUGUGAGCUUAAACCAUAUGUGCAUUUUUUUUUAAGUUUAUAAAAUGCCACUUUGGGGAAAUGAAGGAGGGGAGACUCAUUUGACACAAUUCAGUAAUCAAAGGGACACAGUAUUAACUUGGAAUUCAGAACAAAUUAGUAACCAGAAUAUUAAUUGGAUUGCAAAAACAAAACAAAACAAAAAGAUCUUAUUUAGAAAAAGGACCCAAAGACUCUAUGUGGAGCAAACACACUCCCCACAUUCAUUGAAUGUCUUAUGUUCUUGGCAUCAGGAGCCCUAAAAAUUCAUCUCAGAGAAAGCUGAUCCUAGACUAGCUGUCCCAGAUUCUAGACGGCUGCUGUCUGUAUUGGGUAGACAAUGGACGAAGAGGGAGGGAGACAGCGUUGAACCUGGUUCCCGUAUUUAAAAUCACCCUUCAGAGUAAAGGGGAUGCCAAUCUACAGACAUUUUCUCGUGUAUUUAUCUUCACUAGAAGACUGUGGACUGUAAUUUAUUUUUUUAAAUAUUUAGAAGAUAGUUUGGCUUUUGUGUUCAGGUAAGAAGUAUUGAGGUAUCCUUGAUUAAUUUUUGCAUUUUAAAAAAAUCCCCAAUGGGAGAAGGAAGGAACAUUCUUAUGUUCACAGAUGUGCAUAUUUUAAAAGCAAGUGCCCUGGGACUAGAGAUGGUGGCUCAGUGAUCAAGAACGCUUAUUGCUCUAUCACAGGACCAAAGCCUGGAACCCAGCAAUCAGAUCGGGCAACUCAAAAAAGCCUAUAACUCCAGCUCCAAGGUAUCAGUGUUCCUAUUGGCCUCUGUGGGUGCGUGUGUGCAAGCACACACACAUACACACAGUGAAAGAGACAGACACCAAAAAAAAAAAAAAAAAUCAAGAAAUCCUUUAAAACGAGUUCCCUUUUGAGAAAGUACGAGGCAUUUGGAAGAUGACUUUGGCCACAAGAUACUGGUCUGGCAUCAAAGGUCAUGCAUUACCUGUGAGGAAAAGGGAACACCGUCCAUGGCACAAGGUGGGUGCUUCCAUGAACCCCUACACAUGCAAUAGCCUUUUCUGCCACUAGGGUCCUUGUAGACCUUUUUGCCAGAAUUUCUGUUCUUGCUGAUGUCCCUGUGAUGGGUUUACAAGGGCCAGCCUCCCAGAGCGUGUCACGAUUUUUAACUUCACUGACUUUCUGCCUUAUUUACUGAGGAACUUGGAAAGUAGGAAGGAAUUAUUUGUACAGAAAUGUGUGGGCGAAGCCUAAAUAACAUCUGAAUUUUUUUUUUCAAAAACAGAGUAAGGGUUUAACCAUAAACAGGAGAGCGAUAUUUACUUAAAUUUCUUACAAGCAUAGAAAUUUUUAUGUGUUUAUAUAGAGAGGUUAGCUGUCAACAUAUAAUAUUUAUAUUGGGCAAGAAGGGGUAAAUCAAAAUUUUAUUUAAGCAUAGUUCCUUUAAAGAUUAAUAGUAUUUAUAUUCUGAAAAGAGUACAGUUUUGUUAUUUAUUUGCCCUUUUUUUUCUGUUGUUUCUCCUGUGUGAGGGAAUGGUGUGAGGUUUGGGUUUGGUUUUCAUUUUUCUCUUCUCUUUUAAGUUCAGAUUUACUAAAUUUGGGGAUGGUUUUAGUAAAGUGUAUUAACUUCUUUUUAACCAAAGCUUUCUGCAUAUGACCAGCCUCGGGUGCUAGCGGACUAAAGAGCAACUAAACCUAAUCCCAGUGUCGGCCUGUGAAUAAGGCGAGCUGACCCACCUUGUCUAAGGGGGAGAGAGAAGGUGACAUUGAACUUCAUUUUCCCAGCAAGGAUUCUGCAUGUACCUAACACAAAACAAACCCAAGAUACUCCAGUCUCAGUGCCAUGCUGUGGUGGCGUGGCUUUUACAACACAGCAGGAGAGAGCGGGGGUAAUGCUGUUUCCCGGUGUUCCCAAAAGAAAAAUAAGAAGUAGGCUUUGGGAACAAAAUCCUCCGACAUUGCAGGGACAGAGCCAUACAGGCGGGCUCUGAGAAACCGAGGGGACAACUGACGGACAAUUUGCACCUAAAUUGAGAGUCACAGGGAGCCCAUAACAGGAUGGAAAACCUUUGGCAUUUUUCUUUUCCUUACCAUGAGAACCCCUUGUGUGGUAUCACAAGGUGGUUGAUGACACAGAAUCAUGAACCUUAAUAGUUCAUGUCAUGAAAGUUGCCUGAACUUAAAGACUCUACAGUCUCUUGGGGACUGAACAGUAUCGUACGCUCAGCUGCUGGAAUGCCAUCAGAUAACUCUUUUUUUCCAGAAGGUAAAUGAGGCUUUUGUACAAAAUCUGGAUGUUGUUACUGUGAUACUCAAAUGAUCCAGCAACAUCAUGAGAAACUGGCCUUGACCACAGUGAAAACACUUUUUGGACAGAUCACAAACUGUACUAAGCUAUGGAUUCCUUUUUUUUUUUUUUUAAGCAUUCAGAAUUUUAAUUUGUGUGAAAUCCAUAAUUUUUUUUUUGCCCCAAAGUCUUUCACAUCCUGGUUCACCCUUCCUAACUUAAGGAAAACGUGACCUAAGACACUGCUUCUAAGUUUGGUUGUUCUUUAGCGAGUGGAUACCAGAUCUCUGUGAGUGGAUGGGGGUGGGCUGAGGGUCAGGGGAGGAAAGAGCGUGUCUGCCUGUGUGUGUGUGUGGCUUUCAUGUGUAUGAUAUGCGUGUGUUAGACUGCUUCUAGGCUACUAAGUGUCAAUGGAAAAGAAAAUGUAUUCAAAAUACAUAAAUCAAAACUAGAAGAUGGAAAAAAAAGAUUUAUUCUAUACAAAGCCUUGUCUGGACCACUCUAGAGAGACUUCUAUUUUUUUAACCCUUCUAUAAAUAUUUGAUGGCACUAGAAAUAUUCCUGCAAUAAAAUGUGAUUUGUGUAAAGAAAAAAAAAAGAUUUUGUAAUGUGAAACAAAGAAAGAAAGUAAUGUAAUUUUCUAAAAAAAAAAAUACAAACAAACAAACUUUGUAUUAUUUUCUUGAUGGAAUUUGCCUAUCUGUCUUUGGAAAACUUUUUAUUUCAUUGAAUGUGCCAUAGUAGAUGUAUGUGUUUUUAGUUUUAGACUAAGGGAUGGCUGUUUGUGUUCCGACAUUCCAAAAUGCAAAGCAACUUAGAAGAAGCCUUGAUGAGGAGGUUUCAGUAGGAUGCAAGCGUCUCUCCUUGUUGCUUUUUUGCACACGUCUUUAAUUCCUACCUAGUGCAAUAUCUGUACAUAGAGCACUUGCGGGUGUACUUUGAUCCCUCAGGGAAAAACACAUAUUUGUACAGUUGUUGGGUUUGUUUUGGUUUUUUGUUUGUUUUUGGGUUUAUUUUCCUUUUUGUUUUUGGCUAAGGAAUGUCGAUCGAAUCACGUUAUUGUUAAGAGGCAGCCAGAUAAUCAGCCUAAAGCCACUGUUUCAAACCCCGAUUGUUUGAGUCAUGUCUUUCCAGUACUAUUAUUUUCAAAUAACAACAACAACAAUAAUAAUAAUAAUAAAAGGCUAUUUUCUGACAGUUCUUUGUGCUGACUGGUGGAAAACGAAAGGGGGAACAAAGCACCUUAUGAUUGACUUACUGUGAAUGACAAUCCAUCUUGGUGUCAAGGACAGAGCCCUGUUGUCUCGAGUUGGGGCUGAGAGUCAGAAACACUGUGCUCAGGGAUCUUCUAAAACUCUUAAACAGGGUGGCCAGUGGACUGGGACAAAUUGUGUUCUUACUAUUAAAAAGAUUGAUGAUAAUGCUAUCCCUCCGAGGCACAAGCGAACUGUAGAGAAGUGUGUAUAUGUCUGUCUGUCUGUCUGUCUGUCUGUCUGUGGGAACUCUUCACUGUCUCAUUUUCUUGAGUUCAAAAUUUCUGUGUUUCAAAAUACUUCGCAACUCCUGAGGCAGUGUGAAGUUCUGCCAGUGUGUAUGAAAAAGAUGAAUUCAGAAGUGACAGACCAAUCAGGGUGCAAAGUGCAGUCCGUUUGCUGUUUCCCUAAUAAUUAAAGCAAUCUUGGGGAACAUAAUUUUAAACAGUUUCAAAUUCUGUGUGUUAAGAAUUAGAUGAGCUCGCAGUGAAAUGGGCAGCAACAGAGAACCUGUCUGAGCUAGGGAAACAACGGGAUUUUGUUUUUCCACUAUAUUUUCCUCCACAAGAGAACCAGACUCCUGUUAUGCAAACCAAUUCCUAUUCCAGAGCCCUAGCUGUUUUUGUUUGUGGGUUUUUUGUUUGUUUUCCUGCAAGAGUUGACAUUUAACAACACGUCCAUUCCUGCAUGACAGACCAUACAUACCUCGAUCCAGCUGUAGGGGUUUCACAGUUCGAAAGGUAGUUCCUUUCUCCUAUUCCCAUAUAUCACUCCCCAUAAAGUCAGAGAGGCUCAGUGUAGCUAAUGAUUCUGCAUCCUCUGCCCCAUAAUAUGUGCUCGGUAGAAUUCCAUAGCUUCUUAUUACUGUAGGAGAACUUGGUAUGGGAAACCUGUCCCUGUCCAUCAGGUGACAGUACUACCUCAUACCUUGUUUUGAGUGUAGAAGGGGACAGAAAUCUCCCUCCUCUCCUUUCCUCUCUCCAUCCAUAUAUACAUGUGCACACGACAUAUUUUUACAUACCACCACAGGGCCACCUCUUACUCCUAAAGUUGUGGUGCAGAACCCUACAAGGGUAGCCUUGUACUGUGGAUCAGUUAUGUGCCCAGAAAUGCAGCUGUAACAGUCAAAUACUGAUGGUCUGCGAUUCUCGGUCAUGCUAGUCUUCUUUCUAGUCCCUAAACACUAACGUAUGGACUGCUUCCACCAGAUGUGAUAAGGACUUCCCAUUGCUGUUGAUUUGUAAUUGAAGGCCAACUACUAAUAUCUUCGAAGGUGAUUGGUCGCACUUCUGACUGUACUCCCUGUGCCCAUGCGUGCAUGUGUGUGAUCAGUUUGUGACACUCUCAAAAUCAUUUUUUUAAACAAGCAGGAAGGUCGCUUCAUACCAGGAAGCCACCAUGAAUGGGGGCAGAGCACGUUCAACCUCACACACCCUCAGAACUUAGAGCAAUAAACACUAUUCAGUCACUUAUUAUCUUGGAAAUGGGUGACAGAAUAUUUGAUCCAAAUAGAAAUCACAUUUUCCCAGGGGUCUAGUGUGGAGAGUGGAGAUGAAUGUUUGGAAGAGAUGCCUAGAGAAUCCGUGUUCUCUGUUUACAUGCAGUGUGUUUUGCCCCAUAAGCUGUCCUAUGCUUUUCCUUUGAUCCUUUUAGAAGCUAAUGACAGACAGCUUGCUGUUAGCUUUAUGUGCUAUGCAUGUCAUUAUGUUGUCCUCCCAGAACUGGCUUCUCUCUGGUGUUCAUGUAUUUCUCAUUCAUUAUGACUUGGGUGGAAGAGUCACUACUUCUAAGAUGAUGAUCACUGAACACAUUGCAUACGUAAAUGCAGAAAUUUCUUGAGCAAUAUAGUGAAUAUGAAUUCACACCACACACACACACACACACACACACUCCGUUAGUACUGUACACAUCUUCCCAAGUCCGCAAUUCUCUGCUUAUCCACCGUGGUUUGAAAUCUCAUCUGCAACAGUGGUGAAUGUCUUAGACAGUAGGACAUUAGCUGGCUGCUUCUUUAAGUGUACCUUGUAUCGUCUGCCUGCUCCUUUUGUGGAGAUGUGUUUUUGUAUUGGAUGUUUGGGCCAAUGGGAGGCUUCAAGCUACAACAUAUUUUCCCAGCUUAAACAUAUUGAACUUAUGACAAACCCCAGACAAGGCUUUUAAUCUGUAAAGAACUGCAGUGUUGGGUGGUUUAUUUACAAACCGUUUUCAAUGUUGUCCAUUUUUAUGGCACCUUUAACAAUAUACUUGUUUCCAAAGUACAAAAAAAUAGGUUAAAUAAUCUAGCCAUAACUGAAUGUCAAGCAAUAAAACAAAUGACUUUUGUGCAUAGACUUUAAAAACUACAAAUUUUAGACAUCUGCAUGUAAAUGCAAUCUCUUGUUUACUGCUUUCUUCAACUCAAGCAACAGAUUCCUUAUUUACUAUUAACUUAAGAACUUGUAAUGGCCUGUACACAUUCUCUCCUACUCUUCUUUCAAAUUUACCUUCACCCCUGCUUUUGAGUCAUAAUAUUUAAUGUUGUUCUGCACACCUCUAUACAGUUAACUUUCUGGCUUUCGUUCUGUAUAGAUAAGAAGAUGUUAUAUUAUAAACAGCCUACUCAGUGCAAAUAUUUAUCUGUUUAUCAAAUCCACAAUAUGCUGUGUAAUACUGGUUUUACUAUCUAAUCUAUUUUAGACAUAGCUGUUUAGAACUAGAGUGUGCUAUUUUUGUGUUUUUCUGAUGUGUGGUGCUAGAUAAGUUACUUUUGUGAACAAAAAAAAUUAUCCCUUUUAUUCCUAGACAAAACCACCUUUGGGUCUUGUUAAUUUCACUGAGUAUAACUAUAUAUUUGUAUAUAUAUACAUAUAUAAAUAUAUAUAUAUAUAAUCUACCUGUACCCAACUGGCAACUGUAUCAGAGUGCUGGAUUUGGGACAUGCUUUUCUCUUUAAAUACAUAAUAUCAUUAUAUAAAUUAUUCUAGAGUGUAUUUAAUUAGGAUAAAAUUACGUCCUUAGUGUAGAUAUUUGACAUCAAUUGGGUGAGUUUGUUCAUAGCGAUGGACAUGGAAAACUGUUACCAUUUAAGUGUGUUGCUCAGCUUCACAUCACAUCUCCUGAGCUGGAAAAGAAUUUGACAGGCCUUGACCCUGGAGCAACAGUCUCAUUUAGUGGAGAAAUUCUUUCUCGCCUUACUGAGGAACUCUGUAAUUAGCACCGGACUGAAAUGUGCAUUAAUUCCUAGUAUAGAUAAUACGUAGAAUAUUCAUGGAGGAUUGAUAGCACCGUAGGCCAUUCCUCUCAUCUGAGUCAUGAGAUGUAUGGACGUAUGCAUUGGGGCUACACUCCAAAUUCAACAAGGGACGAAGCUUUAUUAUGACCGCAACCAGUUCUGUGAACUGAGUGGAGAACCUUUGUUAACUCUUUGACUUCUUUCCCCAAGGCUGACUGGCAUUGGUAAAGUUGUACUUCAAAUAUCUAACUAAGGAUGUAAUUAGCCUUCUUAAAUAUUGAUUAGAAUUGUUCUGUAAUAUUACUGAAUUUGUAAGAUCUUUAGCAAAGAUUUUUGAGCAAUUUAUAAAUAUAGAGCAAAUGUUUCUGUUUACUGCACUUUUUGUAACUGAAGGUGAUAACUUCUCACAUCACAAUUAGCGGAUCCCACGCAUCACAAUACGUACUUAGCCACCAUUCUGGACAUGUCCCAUUUUUACUGCUCUUCCCUUGAUUAUAAAUGUAAUCAGGUGGUUAAUGAAAGCUAAUGCGUAUAACUGACCUUUUAAAGUGAAUUUGAUACAAUUUAGGGAGAAAUCUCUUUUAAUGCAAUCAUGCCAUUCCUUAACUGUCUAGCUUGAAGAGAGAUUGAAACAUUUUUUGUUGGUUUGUUUGAUUGAUUGAAUAAAUGAUUGAUUUUUUUUUUUUGCACAGUUUAGUAUCCCAAGCUUCCCCAGGGUAGAACUCUCAUCUCUUUGUACUUGCACAUGGCCAGCACAUGUCAGCAUUUGGUAACUGUUUAAAAUGACAAGUGUGCCCACGAUUAAAACACUCCCCAACCGGAGUGUUUGGGCAAAAGCUGAUAAAAUCUGCAAAGUCGCACAGUUAAACCUUUCUAGAACCAAGUCUACAGGUCACAUUGUCCUUUCAAGGGACGAAAUGCUGAGUCUAAUUGUGUGUGGGUCUCCAGGAUCAAGCACACAAAUGUCACAGAACUCUCCAGGUCGCAAGCCUGGCCUGCUGUAAGUCGUCGUAAAGUCUGGAAGCAGCGAUGCUGAACCUAUAAAUAAGAUGCCGUCUCUUUUGUGUACAGGAUGUAAAGCUUCUUUUUCUGUCACACUAGAAAUGCAAACCAUUUAUGGGAUUCCUAAAAACCAUAGUCUGGACCUAAACCUUUGCUAAUGAUCUUUACUAGAGGCUCGUCCCACUUCUCACUGACAUUGGGUUUUCUUUUCAAUCCUCUCUCUACAGUAAUAGACUCCUUAUUCCCAGUUGUUUAUUUUAUUGAAUCCUGAAUUUAAAGAAAAAAAUAUUUUGAUUCAUUUUGUAAAUACAAGCUGUAAAAAAAGAGAGAUUUAAUGUUGUCUUUUAAAUACUCCAAUUUUCAUUCUAAUAUGGAUGUUGUUAUAUUGUACUUAGCAACUGUACCUUUAACAUUACAGUACCUUUAUUAAAAGUGCAUUGAACACAUCAAUUUUAGAUGUGCUUUGUGUGCUCUUAUCCUAUAAUAAAACUUCAGCUUCUAAUGGAA